UAAAAAAGGCAAAACCCGAUCGUGAGAGCUAGAAAAGGAAACGAGUAUUCGCUUGUGUCGAGAAUCUUAUUAUACCGCUUUACCUGCAGCUUCGAACCGGUUUUAAGCAGCAAAUAUUUGCACUCUCAACAUGCCGACUUGCACCUGCAGACACAACGCUCCGUUAGAAGCGGAAAGUGAAGGUGACGGUGCAACCCACUAUCAUAACUGUGAAUUGAAAUUGCCGAAUGAAUCAUGCGACAACAACGGAUCGAGCAAUGGAUUUCACGCGGACGUUGAAACGUUGGAAAAAAUCAGGUACCCAGAUGGUUCGGUCAGGCUUAGGAAUCCGAACAUCGAGCUUAUGGACCAAGACAUUUUGUACCAUCUCGCUCUUGGAAGUGGUUCCCACGACCUGGUCGAAAUGUUCGGCGACGUUAAGUUCGUCUGCAUGGGGGGAACGCCGAAGCGAGUCGAACAGUUCGCAAAUUACAUAAUGCAAGAAAUCGGUCACAAACUACCAUGCGGCACAACCCUAUUUGACAUCAGUCAAUUUUCCUAUCGUUAUUCAAUGUACAAAGUUGGCCCUGUUCUCUCAGUGAGCCACGGCAUGGGCAUUCCUUCGGUCGGGAUACUGCUUCACGAAAUUAUAAAGCUCAUGUAUCACGCCAAAGUGAAGGAUCCGAUCUUCUUCAGGAUCGGAACCUGCGGCGGAAUCGGCCUCGAAGGUGGUACCGUCGUCAUAUCCGAAGAGGCUGUCGACGGUCUUCUCAGGCCGUUUUUAGAACUCCCAGUCCUAGGUAAAAUGAUUCACAGACCGUCAAAACUAGACAAGCAUUUAGCGCGCGAAUUAAAGGCGAUGUCACGACCCGAUCAAGAGCCGUACGACACAGUGAUUGGCAAGACAAUGUGUACCUACGAUUUCUACGAAGGUCAGGGACGUCUCGACGGUGCAUUCUGUGAUUUUUCCGAAAACGAGAAGAUGGAGUAUCUGAACAAGGUCCACAAGGCUGGGGUUGUUAAUAUCGAAAUGGAAAGCCUGUCUUUCGCAUCUCUAACCCACCACGCCGGCAUUAAAUCAGCGGUCGUCUGCGUAACUCUACUCGAUCGACUCAAAGGCGAUCAGGUAAUGGCGCCAAAGGAGGUAUUAGAAGAAUGGCAGAUUCGUCCGCAGAAAUUGAUAUCAAGAUACAUAAAGCGAUAUCUGCAACGCAAAGGUCGUCUUUCGGUCGAAGGACACGGAUCGAUGUGCGUAAAGAGUCCCCGUCGUUUUAAGCUAGUACAACAAGAGUCCGAGACCUACGAUUAAGCAACAAUUAGUGCUUCCCUUAAUAAAAAUUAAUUAUUAUCAUUUGUAAUCACCAACAGUGAAUUGUUUCG